UGUGUAUGGGCGGGUUGUUAAUAUACACGUGUGCUGACCUAUUCUAUAAGUAUACCCAGCAUACAACCAUGGCCAACAUCAAGGUAGAGCUCGUCGACGAGAUACCCUUCCCUGCCAUCACUUUUUGUAAUCUGUCACCGUUAAAGAGAUCUGCUCUCAACCCAGACGCCAUCAUGGAUCACUACCUGCUAUCAAUAAGUAGAAUGACACAUUUCGUACCUCCAGUCAACUACGAUCAUCCAGCAUAUAGUGACCUGUCUCGCCCCCUACCGGACGGCUGGCUAAAUAAUGUCUCGUUCUCUGUCAUGGAUUUGUUUUUUGCAUGCGUUAACACGGAAAAUAUACAGAUGAAUUGCAGUGAAGUUCUCAUCCCAACACUUACGGACAUCGGCUUGUGUUUCACCUUCAAUAGUGAACAGCAAAUGGGGACUGAUGAUCUACUUGUGACGAGUAUAAUCGGCAGUGUAAAGUCCCUGGCGUUUUACAUCAAUGUUAACCAGAAUGAGUACGUUUACAGUGAUAAUUUGGCAGCUGGAAUGAAGAUAAUUGUCCAUGACCCUCGGGAAGCACCAGACACGAAUCGAGGUUUCUUCGCCUCCCCAGGCUUCUCGGUGUACGCCUCUCUCUUCCUUACCAAGUACAAGUAUUUACCGUAUCCAUACCCAUCGGCUGGAGGUGGCUAUUGUCUGGACACUACAGCAGCAGGUUUCCGGAAUCCACUGAGUUACCACGAUAAGUACAGUUACUAUGCCUGUAUACGGGAGUGUAAAUAUCGAUACCUGGUCAAGCUGUGUGGAUGUCAGGCUCCCACGGACACUGGACCAGCACGGACUUGCACAUUUCGGGAAUAUGCCGAAUGUUACCGUAAUAACAGUCGAGGUGAAUACCUUCAUAAUAUAACAUUCCAACAGACAUGCUUGUGUGAUUCUCCAUGUGAGUUUAAUGUGUACGGUGCGUCAGCGACUUCAGCGUACUUUCCCUCCAAAAUCAACGAGUUAUUCCUGAUGAAUGCAGGUUAUACGAAUUUGAGGACGGAUUACAUGGAGGUAAGGUUCUUCUUCGACACUCUAAGCUACCUGAACGUGGAAUACUUACCUGAGUACAGCAUCGAAAAAAUCAUAGCGACUCUUGGAGGCCAGAUGGGGAUAUUCCUGGGCGCAAGUUUACUGACACUAUCGGAGCUGGUGGAGUUUUUGUUGAUGGCUGGUCUUGUAGCGUGCAGGAGAAUCAUGAAAAGACGGCAACAUUGACGCAUUUAUCGUUCUUCUAGCAUGCAAGAGUCAUGAAACAACGUUGGAUGUUUCCUAUUAAUAAUUGAAAUUGAAGGAAUUUGUAAGGUGUAUAUAUUACCUGUAUUGAUAAGCUGUUUGAUAUAAACAGCUUCGUAUGAAAACAGAAACAAGUUUAUUUUCGAGUGUCAGAAUUUGUUCCCAUGGGUAUGCCUACAGUAUGCUAGAAGAUCUGGUAACCAAACUUAACGAAGAUGGUGUCGAUCAAGGGUUCAAUCAUUCUUACGAUAGCAUCUUCACUCUCUUUUCUAUGAACCCAAGUCUUAUGUUUUACGAAAUGCUUACCAGUGUAGUUCACAAUUCUUUGUACUUAUAUUGCCGUUCCUUUUUUGGAAAAGAGAAAGCUGUCAUUACAAGAGAACGAAGAUGGCCCUUCAGUUUGGAAUGGAGAAUGGUAGUGUAAAAAGUAGAAAAAUCAAACGUUUUGAUGGAAGAAACCAUUUAGAGAUGUUCAACACCCGUUUUCCAUAAAAUCCACUUUUGGAGUAACCAGUAUCCCAAUAGGCCUGUAGCCCCGAUUUAGUUGUUUUAGGAUUAUGGUAUUUAAGAGGCUUAGUUGGACUCGAGCUAGCAAUAAAAUGUCGUUUGUGAAAAUUCUUAUGCAGUUUAGGAAUCCAAUGUUUCCUCCCACUAUCGAGGAUUUGCAAAAUUUUUCGAUAUUGAAUAAUGAUUUGACAUUAUUUCGUCAAGCUCAGUGUAGGCAGUAUUACCCUGGUUAUAAAGUAAUCGUGGUUCUUUUUGUAAGUAGGGACUGUGAUAAUGUUCACCGACGACGAUCAACUUUGAUCUAAGGCAGAUGCCUUAUCUGCAGACACAGCCACAAACCUGUCAUAAUAACAAUAUUACAGUGUUGUUUUGACAUCGGGGUCAAGAAAUACAAAGAGACUUGGAUUUUAAACUACUUAUUCUUUUAAGAAUUAUGGACCUAGUGUUUUUUUUUUAUUCCACUCCAAUAGUAACUACAUAUUUUCAAGCUGCAUAAUUAAACACCCAUGCACACAAUUUCCAAGCUCUACAAGUAUAACAAUUGCAAAAUAUUAAGUUCAUAUUUGACGAAAGUUGGAAUACUAGCAGAUAUUUUUGCCUAACAUAACCAGAUGGUUGGCUAUUCAAAUCACGCUGCGUCCUUGGGCCGUCCGUUCGAAAAACAAUCCUUAUUAUCGCUUUUUCUUGAAAAGUACACUUAAUAUGUAAGUUCGACUUGGUCCCUUGUUGUGCGAAUCAAAUUUUGUUUUUUGUCAGGUGGCCAUCUUAAAUUCUGAGAAUUGAAGUUUGUUAUUAUUUGCUAUUUCUGAAGAAGUACUGGAGGGAUGUUCCUCAAACUUCACAGGUAGGUUCCACUUGUUUAUGUUAUCACAUUAUUAUGAGAAGGAAAGAAGGGGAAAUAAAGAGAAUAUCGGUCUGAUAUAG